CGGUGCGACGGGUGCUAUCCUAGGGAUCAGAAUACUCGAGACGCUUCGCCGAAUGGAUAUCGAGACGCAUUUGAUCAUCAGUAAAUGGGCAGAUGCUACCAUUACGUAUGAAACUGACUACAAGCUGCGUGCUGUCAAGGACCUAGCCACAAAAACGUAUUCCUCACACGAUGUGGCGGCUCCAAUUUCAAGCGGCUCAUUUAAGGUCAACGCCAUGAUUGUCGUGCCAUGCAGCAUGAAGACUCUGAGUAGCAUCGCCACUGGUUACGGUGACGAUCUCAUAUCUCGAGCUGCAGAUGUCACAUUCAAGGAGAAGAGACGGCUGAUUCUGGUAGCCCGUGAAACCCCUCUCAGCGGUAUUCAUCUAGAGAAUAUGAUGAAAGUCACUCAGAACGGUGCAAUCAUAUUUCCACCGGUGCCGGCAUUUUAUACUAGGCCCAAAACAGUGGAUGACAUAGUCAACCAGACAGUUGGGAGAAUUUUGGACCUUCUUGAUAUCGACACGGGUGACUUUGAAAGAUGGAAUGGAAUGCAUAGUGAUAUGGCGAGAAGUAUAGUGGGCAUUUGACCUUAAGUUAUACCUCCCAGUGCAUCUCUGUGUUAUUAUUUCCCCCUCACGAAUAAUGUAGGUAAACUGAAA